AUGUCAACUAAAAAGAAACAGAGGAAGUAUCUAGGAUUCUUGAAAGUAUUCCAAAUAUUGGACUUGGUGGAUGUUCCGUUUUCUAGUCCUAAGUACACUUGGACUAAUAAUAGGACUGAUUCCGAUCCAAUAUUUGAAAGGUUGGAUAGGGCCUAUGCCACCUCUUCUUGGUUUCUUGAUUACCCUGAUACAAAUGUUCUACACCAACCUAUUUUGCUCUCGGAUCAUGCCUCUAUUAUCCUUUUGGAUACAGUUGAUUUUGGGUACGUAAAGCGACCUUACAGGGUGGAGAAUCGGCGUUUGUCUGUUUUAGAGGUUAGAGCCAUUGUUCUUGAUGUCGUUUCUCUGUUUGUUCCGGGUUUACCUAUGUUCUCUCUAUAUAGGAAUUUGUCAAUUGCUAGAGAAUGA